AUGCCUUUGUCUCCAGACCCGUACUUCAUGGACAUCGAGGUGAAUGUGGUACACGAUAGUCCAGUGCACAGAGAUCAUCCCGCAGCUCCUGCAUCUCCUGCCGCUCAUAUUCCACCAGCCCCUGCCACACCUAUUCCAGCAGCACAACCUGAACCAGCGCCAACUGAUCCAGCUGUAAUAGCACUUCUAGAACAGAUGGCUGAGAGUGUGAAUUUUCAACAUCAAGCACUGAAUGCACAGCGUGACGCACAGCGUGACGCACAGCGUGACGCACAGCGUAACGCACAGCGUGCUCAGCCAGGUCCAGUACCUACCACUUCUCAUCCAGACUUCCUGAAGAUAGUCAUGAUUAUGAAGAACUUGGGGACGAAGCAUUACAAGGGAGGCACUGAUCCCUUUGAAGCUGAUGCGUGGCUUCACAAUCUCGAGCAGAACUUUGCUGCAACCAGUUGUCCAGAAGAAUUCAAGAAGGACGUGGCUGUUUACUAUCUAGAGAAGGACGCCAUCAGUUGGUGGUUAUGUGUAGAGAGGAACUUUGGAGACUUCGAUCUGUGUUGGGCUGACUUCCGCACAACGUUCGUUCGAAAGUACUUCCCACCGGAGGCCCGUGAUCGUUUGGAGAUUAAGUUCAUGGAGCUAGUUCAGGGAGGAUUAUAUAUUAGGAAGUAUGAGGUAGAGUUCACCCGCCUCAGGAAGUAUGUCCACUAUGGUCGGCAGGACGAGAUGAUGAUUAUCCGUAAGUUCCUUCGAGGACUUAACCCAAAUAUCAGGAGCAGACUUGAGACAGUAGAGUUUCAUAGGCUUGUUGAUCUUGUUGAGCGUGCUGUGAACGUUGAGGAGGCCAUUGCUGCUGAGAGAGCUUCUUCUAGCAAUUCCGCACAACCUAGACGUCCAUCUGUUACGUUCCAUCCUCAGCCGUAUUCUGCUAUGCAGCGAGGACGAGGAGCCCUGACUUGUUUCACUUGUGGCCAGCUGGGCCAUGUUAGGCGAGAUUGUCCGAACGUGGGACAGUUCCAACCGGCUGUACCAUCUCACAUCACUUGUUUCACGUGUGGAGAGCGAGGACAUUACGCGACAUCAUGUCCGCGCACUCAUCUUGCUCAGCCUGUUCUUUCGAGUGCUCGACCCGUUGGACCAGUUAACCCACCUUUACCCUUACCUCCUGCUAAGCGUCCAGCCAUUGCUGGUAGGGCUUACGAUUUAGAGUUACCAGGACCAUCCGGACCCGGACCACCUCAGGGUCCGAUUUCAGGGACUUUUCUUAUGGGUGGAAUAUCUGCCCAUAUCCUUUUCGAUUCGGGAGCAACACAUAGUUUUGUAGCUCCCGAAGUAGCAUCUAGAUUUGAUGAAGAAUUCACUAAGGUGAAUUUAUCCAUUCCCGUUCUAACUCCCAGAGAUCAAGUUCUUGAAACUGAAGGAUGUAUUCUAAGAGUUCCAAUCAUUAUCCAAGAUAUGGUUUUUCCGGUUCAUUUGUUAGUUCUCCCAUUAGAGAGGUACGAGGUAAUCUUAGGGAUGGAUUGGCUGUCAAGUUACCGAGCUCACCUUGAUUGUGGUCGAGGGAAGAUUGUUUUCGAGAGAGAUACCCAAACCCCUUUAGCUUACCAUGGCGUAGUACCAAGUGUUGGAGUGUCAUUAGUAUCAGCCUUGAGAAUUGAAAACCUGUUGGAGAAGGGUGAAGAAGUGUACUUAGUGACCUUGGUUGCUGGACCAGUAGAAGACGAGAAAGAGGAGAACAUGGAAGAAAUACCAGUAGUCAGAGAAUAUGAGGACGUGUUUAAGGCAUUAGAGGGAUUGCCGCCGUCUAGGAGUAACCCCUUUAGUAUAACCUUAGAACCCGGAUCAGCUGCAAUAGCAAAGGCACCAUACUGA